CGGUUGACAGCUUCGGCUAACCUCAAAUGCGCAAACAGAAAAGAAACCGCUCGCGUACGCCUGUUGUAAACAAACCCCUUCGAAUCGUUGCAGUUUCAGCGCUGAUAGAAGUUCUGGUGUAUUUUACAUUCGAUUGGCAUCAUGUCGGAUAAGAAGCCAGCGGCAUCCGGCAAUUCGACUGGUGGUGGUGGAAGUGGUGGUGGUGGCGGCGGCGGAGGCGACAAUAAAGAAAAGCGACGAAAGGAAUCCAUCCUCGAUCUGAGCAAAUAUCUGGAGAAGACGAUACGGGUCAAGUUUGCCGGUGGACGGGAAGCGGCCGGCGUGCUGAAGGGUUAUGAUCCGCUGCUGAACCUGGUGCUGGACAAUACGAUAGAGUUUUUGCGCGAUCCGGACGAUUACAAGCUGGCGGACGAUACGCGGCACCUGGGGCUGGUGGUGUGCCGGGGCACGUCGGUGGUGUUGAUCUGUCCGCAGGAUGGCAUGGAAUCGAUACAGAACCCCUUCAUCGCCCAGGAAGGCUAGUGCGGGGAGUGUGAGGAAGCAGUGCAGGUACGGUGGGUGGUGUGUAUGGAGAAAGAGAGGCGGCUGCCACACGCUGCACUUACCUGUGAUUGUAGCCAGUUCCUUCCGGUGGUAAACGAAAGCUCUGGAUCGCCGGAAGGUUUCAUCGUUUCUCAUCGUUCUUUUCAUCCAACAAACUGUUUUUUGGUUACUAGCCAAAGGAUUUGUUACAGAAAGCUCCAUUCAUCCGUUAUGUUACAUCUUUCGUUAAACUUUUCUUUAUACACCAUUCCGUUAUUAUUCAUACAUUCAUAUUUUCUGCAUUUUUUGUAGUCCCAAUCACGAAAUUCUUAACCGAAAUGGUCCAGGUUGUAGGAACAAGGAACUGCCAAAGGAAAUGUAGUGGAAAGGGGUGAACGAGACGAACGCAAAAUCUUAACUAGUUUCUGGAAGAGAGAUCGGUAAAUCGAUCAAUUUAUUAACUUAUGCUUAAGUAACUUACUCCUAACACUUCUACCAGAACUCGAGUGUGGCAAACGACUAUCCACACUGCCCCCGUCUGGGCUUUGAUUUUAUCGUUCGUCGCAGACACACACACACACACUCCCACGGUGGUGCCUUUUUCCCGCGGUCACGGGCCAAACCUCUAACAAUAGUUGUUAAAAUUAUAACUCAAACAAAAAUAGCACAGAGGAAGCAUUUAAGCCACAACACAACAGAACAACAAAGUACAUAUAAAACAAAAAUGGUGGAACGUUCGAACUCCUCCGCCACGUGUUGUGGUGCAAUUGUGGAUCGACGUUGCCCCAACCAAGCUCGCCUACUUAACUUCUAAUCGGUGUUGAGUUGAUUCUUCGUGUAAAUAAAUUCCAACCUACUCGAAACACAA